AUGCGUGUACCGUACCUCCCAGCUGUGGCGGCGCUCUGUCUGCUGGCUAGUAACGAUGCCUUCGUAGCAGCGUCCGAAUCUGGAAAAAAGUUGAAGUCUACCCUAACUUCACCGGUCCUGUCGAGACGCCUACUUGGCGUUGACAUCGCCACUCCUGUCAACAAUCUGCGAACUGGGGAACCAACAGGCUUGACUUCCAACGAUCCGCAGGCCACUGAGUCUGAAGACAGUAGUGAGCACGACAAGGACGACAGCAGUGAGGCCGGCAAGGCUGACAGCAGUGAUGAUGAUCAGAAGUCCGGAAAAGCUUGUAUUUGA